GCACGUUCACGAACCUGGAUCUUUUAGUGAUACAACACUGACAUUACAUUCAUUAAGUGAUUUCACACGAUCACUAUCAUUUGGAUGUUUUGUUGACAAUUCGUACAUUUUAAUCAGAAAAGGCGAGGAAUAUUUAUAUUUAACAUUGAGAUUUCAACACUCUUCCGUGUCAGCCUUAUCGCAAAUUGCUCUGCCUAUCAGUGGACACCUCGCUAAGGCAAACAAAACAGGGUCCCGCGGGAGUCUAACCUGACGGGCAAGCAGUGCACGCUUCGCUCUCAAACACCCGACAGCUCUUGCUUCCGCGUGCAGCUGCGUCUACAAAAUGAUGGAUUUACAGCUUAUUUCGCUACUUGUGUGUUUCGUGUGUGUGUCUUCUGUCCCCAUAGACUAUUUCUUCGACUUCGGUGACUUAGAAGGGGACUUGCGGUUGAAUUUAGGCGAGGAUUCGAAUUCGGACGAGUUUCGUUUACAAGUACCCAUUGCAUUUUAUGACCAAUACUACCAGAGCGUUUUCGUGAGUGACAAUGGCUACAUAUCAUUCCGCCAGCCGCCAGCCCGGUAUGGCCGUGAGUCACUGCCCCUCAGAAUGCCGGUGAUAGCCCUUUAUUUAGGAAAUACUGAUACAACUAAUCGGGGGUUAAUCUACUACAGAGAGACCACCAAGGCAAAAACGCUGGAACGAGCCAGUAAACAAGUGCAAACGUUUGCCAACAGACCUGAUUUCCAGGCCAGAGGUGUAUUCGUUUUCACAUUUGACUAUGUUGGCAUCAAGUCCAAUGACCAGGUCACGAAUAACUACCAACUUGCGGUCAUCUCAGACGGCCGCGACAGUUACGUCAUGCUCAUGUACUGGGAUGAUAACGUUGGCUGGGUGAGCGCUGGUGAUGCUGAUCCUUUCGCUGAAGCAGGGUUUGACGCUGGUGAUGAUGACUCCAGGCGGGUCUUCAAGAUACCCGGAUCAGGCCAGGACUCCACAAGAAAGAGUUUCGUCACGCGAUCAAACGUGCAGGUGAGAGGCCUUUGGUUUUAUCAGAUUGGCAGAGUGGCUGACAUCUCAGAACCGAGCGUGGUUGCACCAGACAGAGAUAGAGAGCCAGAGGUGAAUGUACCUCCAGUUGUUGUUAAAAAUACCUGCAGUAACUCACAGAGCAAUUGUCACAGCAAUGGCAGAUGCGUGGACUACGCCAGUGGCUUCUGCUGCGAGUGUAACUCUCCUUAUUACGGCAAUGGCAAGAACUGCUUGGAGCCAGGAGUGGCCCAGCGUGUCAAUGGUAAACUCGACGGUAGAGUCAACGGCAUGGACCUCGCCAACGUCGAUCUCCAUUCCUACAUCGUGACCAACGAUGGCCGAGCAUACACUGCCAUCAGCCGUAUCCCGAGAGAGAUCGGCUUCUCCAUGAUGAGUCUGUACACUAUCAAUGGCAUCAUUGGCUGGUUGUUUGCCGUACCCUUGCCCAAGGCAAAGAAUGGAUUUAGUCUCACAGGUGGUCUGUUCAACCGGAGUGCCGUGAUUCAGUUUCGCACAGGCGAGGAGGUCCGUGUGGAGCAGGUUCUACCAGGACCUGACAACCUUGGGUACCUCCGAAUGGACACGAAGAUUAACGGGGACGUGCCUGUUCUGUCCCCAACUGCCAAAGUCAACAGUGAAUCCUUCAAAGAAGAAUUUAGGAAGGUUGAACCAGGAGUUCUCAGGUCUUUCGCCAACCGACAGUACACAGUUGACGGUGUCGCCAUGCAGUACUCUAUCGACCAGACCAUCCGUUACACCGAGUGUUCUGCCCGACCGGUCGACCCAAAUGAGGUGACAGCCCAGAGGGUCAGCGUGGAGAGGUUCUUCGUGGUCUACGAUGACCGGGAGAGGAUCCUGAGGUUCGCAAUGACGAACAAGGUCGCACCCCUUCUGACUGGUGACCCUUGCAAAGAUGCUGCCCAGAGCUGUCAUCCCGAUGCCCAGUGCAUCCCACUGGGAAGCACCUACAAGUGCGAAUGUAAGAAUGGAUACGUCGGAAACGGCAUCAGUUGUGAUGACAAGGAUGAAUGCAGUAGUUCGGAGCACAACUGUGACGUCAACGCCAGAUGCGUCAACACGAAGGGUUCAUUCGUUUGCAGGUGCUCGACUGGAUUCAGGGGAGAUGGCAUCAGGUGUGAAAGGGAGACUACUUGUGCCGUUCUGAACUGUUCUCCUCAGGCGCGAUGCGUCUUCGACUCGGGGAUCAACACUGCACGAUGUGAAUGUAACCCAGGAUACAUUGGUGAUGGAACCACGUGUAAUAGAGUUGCAUUUUCUUGCAAUGAAGUUGACAACUGCGACCGGAACGCCCAGUGUGUCUACGACAGGGACCAACAGAAGUACAAAUGCGAAUGUAACCGGGGAUUUAGAGGAGAUGGAGAACGUUGUGUAGCCGAAGGAGGGAGACCCGAUGAACGAACUACAACUACGAGACAGCCCGUUGUAGGAACUACUAGAGGACCCGACGGUGGGACUGGAGGCACUGGCUCAACAGCCGAGCGAGACUGCAAGAAGUGUGACCUGUAUGCCGAAUGUGCCUUUGAUUCGAACCAACUGUUCUACCACUGUCGGUGCCGAAAGGGAUUCACUGGAGAUGGAUACAGGUGCUAUCCUCUUGGUGAUUGUGACAAAGUUGAUAUCUGCCACGACAACGCAACCUGUGUCCCCGACGUAGCCUCAGGGCGACACCGGUGUCUCUGCCAGGACGGCUUCUCUGGCAAUGGUUACCUCUGCAAGGAGCUUGGAUGUGACGUCCUCAGGAACUGCGACCAGAAUGCCAAUUGUGAGGUGGACACGGACAUCAAUGAAUACAGAUGCAAGUGCAAGGACGGAUAUCAAGGAGAUGGCAAAACCUGUAUGAAGCUCCAGUGCAACCAGUUUGACAACUGCGACAGGAACGCCAGAUGUUCUUACAACCAAGAACGGCGAAUGUACGAUUGUGUCUGCAAUGAGGGGUACCAGGGAGAUGGCAUCAGAUGCGACAAGAAAAUUGUCCCCUGCAAUCAAGUCAACAACUGCGACAAGAAUGCAGAUUGUCUUUAUGAUUCGAACUCACUCGGAUACCGGUGCAGCUGCAAGACUGGAUUCAGAGGCAAUGGGUUCAGAUGCAUCUCUGCAGUUACCUGCCGAAAUGACCCAAGCAUAUGCGACUCUAAUGCCCAGUGCCGUCAGUUUGGCGACAGUGUGGAGGAUUCGGCCUGUAUCUGUAACCCCGGCUUCCGAGGCGAUGGAAAGAGCUGCAUUUCCAUUAGUGACUUGGAGAGCUACCUUAUGUUUGCUCAGGGCAUGUCCCUCAUGCAGGCCCCACUUCGGACACAAGGUGCCACCACACAAGGCAACUUGACACUCAUGGUUCCAGGGUCUAUGUCAGUACUUCACGUUUCAGGUCAAACCGCGAUUGGGAUUGACGUUGACUGUGACAAGCUCUACUUCUAUUGGACGGAUGUCUCCGGCAAGACAAUUAGCAAAGCACGCUUGGAUGGAACAGACUCUGAAAACAUUGUCAGAGGUCUUGGUUCGCCAGAAGGGGUAGCAGUAGACUGGCUCACUGGCAACAUCUACUGGACCGACUCCAUCCUCGACAGAAUUGAAGUCUCAAGAAACGAUGGCACCAACAGGAAGGUACUCGUGGAUUCUGGCCUGGUUAACCCAAGGGCUAUUGUGACUGAUCCACUGGGAGGGAAAGUCUACUGGACAGAUUGGAAUCGCGAGGCACCCAAGAUUGAGAGCGUGAAUAUGGAUGGAACCGAUCGUAAAGUAGUCAUUCAACAAGAUCUUGGUCUUCCGAACGGCCUGACUCUUGAUCAUGAAAGACGGAAACUGUGCUGGGGCGAUGCUGGUACACAGAAAAUCGAAUGCUCCAACCUAGAUGGCUCUUUGAGACAGACUGUUUACAAUCUUGCAUCUUACCCAUUUGGCAUCACAGUCUAUGGUGAUAGCCUCUACUGGACAGACUGGGACAUCCAAAGUAUCCAGAAUAUCAAUGUCAGAGGAGGAAGCCUUGGGGAGCCCCUGAAGCUGCCAGUUGGUGGAAAUGGCAGACUAUAUGGUGUGACAGCAGUCAGGAAGAACUGUCCAAGAGGAACAAAUGCCUGUGCCCUCCAGAAUGGUGGAUGUCGCUUCCUCUGCCUACCAACGCCCAAUGGUGGUCGAACCUGCGCCUGCCCGGACGACAUGGAUGACACCGAGUGCAACCGGAUCAACCUCUACAUCAAGAAGUAGACAGAACAUUUCACUUCAAGCUGUACCAAAGAAUCGAAAAUUUACUAAUUUGAGAGCGUGGCACAAGUCUGCAAAGCAUGCAUAUCAGACUGGAGACGCGAGCUUUGGACAACCUGUGUUUCAAUUUGGAUACUCAUCAAAUUUGAUGCUUAUAUCAAAACGGAACUGCACUAGUCCUUAGCUCUAAGUAGUUUUAAGAAAUGUAAAUAUUGGGGUGGUACAGAAGCUGUGCUAUAAGACUAAUUUUGAUAUUAGAGGGAGCCAAAUGUUAUUUCAUCUGUACGUGGUCUCCUCCAAAGAAAAAGCUUUCGAAUUAAAACAGGCACCAAGAACAAAAUAAUGUACAUGUAUAGUGAUCUUUCAAACAAUCAAAUUUCUCAGUUAUCAUAGGCCAGUAAUUAUCUCAUGUGUACAGUGCAUUCUAUGCACAGAGAUACCUGCAUUUAUAUCAAUUGCUUAGAACAGAUGUAGAAUUGUUUGCGGUUUUUUUAGAAAUAGCCAAGGGUUGAAGCCUUUCUUUUCCCAAUACAAAAUACAAAGAAAGAUGCAUGCAGUUCUGUAGAUACAUGAAAAGAAGUACCAGUAUAACUAGUUAUCAAAAUAUAGUAGAAUACAGGAUUGAUGGAUAGAACAAACACACUACGUAUUAGUAAAUAAUUUUUACUUGCAAGUGUUGUAAAAUCGGCUAGGAGCAAUCUUAAUUUUACCUGUGGCAGCACUAGCCUCGUAUCAAAAUCUCUGAAGGGGCUAGGUUGCCCUUCAGAGCAGGGGUAGAAAAAUCCACUAGUCCUUAGCCCGGAACUAGUGACUUUGAUAGCAAGGCAAGCCUACAUGUACAGUCAGGCAAACAACAAGGAUUUACUGAAAGAGUUAGCCCAGACUUUGAGAUUCACAGCUUGGGACUAGUCAACUUGAAAACGAUUUAUUGACACCUGCAGAGAGCUAGUAGCCAAACUUCUGGUCGAUUACUAAAGUAAAAGAAAUAUGCAUAUAAUCAGGACAGAAACGUUCUUGCCAUAUAAUGUUUUUAUUUUCUUUUUUUAAUGUAGCAAAUAUGAUUUCAAAAUAAAUUUGCACAUGAUUCUUA